AUGGCUCCGCAAUCUCGCAUUUACUUGACGCGACACUCGCAGGCAGAGCAUAACGUCGCCGACGACUAUUCAAUCCCGGAUGCGCCGCUGACGCCACUCGGCAAGCAGCAGUCUGCCCGAUUGCCCUCGCUCACCCAUGACUUGCAGUCGCGCGCAGAGGUCAUCCUCUCGUCCGCACUGAAACGUACGCUGCAGAGCACCAAGAUCGGCUACGCUCCAGCCAUCGAGAGAUUGGGCGGCUUGAGCAAGGUCGUGCUGCUGCCUCAGCUCCAGGAGUGCAACGACUUUCCCUGCGACACUGGCUCGGCGAAAGAGGUAAUCGAACGCGACCCUGAGCUGCAAGGCUUUGACUUUUCGCCGCUUACGCCCGAUUGGACCAGCAAGCAGGGCUUCUAUGCUGCUGACGAGGCUUCGCUCAAUAAGCGUGCCCAGUGGGUGCGACAAUACCUUCGUAGCCGACCCGAGCUAGAUAUCGUCGUCAUGGCCCACGGAGACAUCCUUCGCAGGAUCACUGGUCAAGCUUACCCCUGGAAGAACGCCGAAGUACGACUUUUCCAGUUUGACCCGGCAUCGGUCGACACCGAAGCUUGCCCACUGGUGCACGUCCAGGACAUCGCAACCGGCGGUGCAGCAGUCGAACCCACUUCUGGUGACAUUGCAGCCGAAAAGGGCGUUUUCGCCCCUGGUGCCGGCCCGAAUGCAAACUCUGCUCUAUGCUCACGGAGCCAUGCUCCGGCGUCCCAUGAGCAAAUGCCAUGCCAAGAUUUCACUCUGCUACCAGUGCGAGCCUACGUCGUCCUCAUCGUCCGUUCAUUGAGCCCCGCCAUCCCCAUCUCCAAUUCAGGCUCGCUUCAGAAUUGGGCAGCAUCGGCGGCACCGACGACGUCAGCUGCGAACCCCUCCAAAGACGCCGACCUGAAAAGGAUAGAGGAUCGCGUUCGCCACCGUCAAUCGAUGCUCAUGGAGCAGACAAACGAACUGCAGGAGCUGGAGAAGCGUCUGCAAGCCGCAGAGGCCCGCAAGAAGGAGCUCGAGUCGCGCGGCGGCUUUGUUUAG